CCAGGUUUCUUUCGACGCAGCAUGGAUGAAUUCAAACGCCAGGCCAAGUUCGCCGUCAAAAUGGAAGGUCUCCACAUUCCCAUCAAGCCCUAUCCCCUCAUCAAAUUCGACGAAAAGCUCUCGCCCGAACGCUGCAAGAUCAUGUGCGAUUCCGAUGUUGGGGGUUUCUCGCGUGCCAGCUUGACAUAUGUGGAUGGCGCGGAGCACAUGGAAAGGACAAUCGGGGAAGGAGAAAGUGACAGUAAGAAAGGCGGAGUCAUAAUAUCAGAGCCGGGAAAAGAACCCAGUCAUGCAGUUUUCAAGGGCACGAUAAGUACAGAUCUUCCUCAGAAUCGACCGCAGAUUCAGAGAAGUGGAUAUGCGGGCUUUCGGACACGCGAUCGGGGAUUGAGCUUAUUUGGGAAACUUUUGUGGGACCUGUCACCAUACUCAUACCUUGCCUUGCGCAUCAAAAGUGAUGGGAGGAAGUACUUUGUCAACUUCCAGACGGAAUCCAUCGUUCCUACGGACUUGCACCAGCAUUUGCUCCCGUCCAGUACACCUGGAGAGUGGGAGACUGUCACCAUACCUUUCAGCGCGUUUGUGCGUACGAAUUAUGGACAGGUCGUAGAGCCCCAGAGGGAGAUGAUGAGUACCAAAGUCAGGUCGGUGGGGAUCAGUUUGAUUGAUCGUGUGCCUGGUCAAUUCGAGCUGGCUGUGGCGGAUAUCUAUGCCACGAAUCGCGCUCCGGAGAGGAAGAGUGGACAA